CAAACAAUAACCAAAAUGCUUCGUAGCAACUGCAUGCUACGAUUUGAGGAAACUAAGAUAUAUAAGGUUCUCACCGAAGAACCUGUACAUAAGGUUUCAAAGAAAGCCUUAAGAUUGAUUGAAAGUGGUAGAGACGUCACCUUAAAGGAUGAGAAAGGAAGAGGUUAUUUAUUCCUUAUUUCGGAUCACUAUGAAAAGUUUUCAUCACCGUUAGCCGUCCCUGUUGUUUAUCAGCUGUGCCUUGGGGGAAUUGACGUUAACAAUCGUGAUGAGAACAAUAAUACAGUUUUACAUGAACUAAUAAAGAAGCGCGGAGUCUUUAGGAUUGUUAUUGCACUAUUGAGAUGCGGAGCUAAUCCACUUGCUCUAGACAAUGAAGGGCUUACAGUGAAAGAAUCUUUAUUACAAUCGAAGCCAGAAGGUUGGGAGGAAAAUUAUUAUUGGCUAGAAGAGUAUUCGCCAGGCCUAGUAAACGAAUUGCAAAAGGACAUUCCGGAAUUAAAAACGGUUGAACGCCUACUUAAGUCAUGGUGUUUAACAAGAAUAACGAAUGAAAGUCGUGGUAGACUGAAUUUACUUGGAGCAGUUGAGAAUCGAGAAUCACUGGAGAGGAAGACUGCACUCUUGCAGUUAUUAAGAAAAUUUGAUCAAACUUCUGAAUUUGUAGCAGCAUGCCUGGCAGGUUCAAUAAAUUGGAUGAAGAAAUGCUUAGAAAGAGGUCGACCAGAUGUAAAUACAAAGGACUUUUCUUAUCGGUUUUACUAUGAUUCUUUUCCAAAAAUUCCUCAGCCUCUGCUGGCAGCUGUCUGGGAGCAAAAUUGUGUUGGGGUCGUAGAAGAAUUACUUACCCUUUGGCCUGACACUUCCACUCCUUAUGAAAAUUCGCAGGAGCCUCGUAUUAAACCCCUUUUCUUUCAUGUUCUUACUGGACCACCAAAACUUCUCGAUUAUAAAAUUAUUCAAGCAGUACUUCGACAAUCUAAUACACUAAUAAAGGAUCAAGAUGGCCAAAAUAUUCUAUUCACAGCUAUGAAAGAAAAUUUUCCGGCGGCAGUUCUUAAGGAUAUCUUAAGCUAUAGAGCUGAUCUAGCAGAAAGGGAUUUUAAAGGUCGAACGCCAAGAGAUUUUGCUGCUGAGCUUUCAAGAGAUGACUAUAUUGAGGCAAUUGAUGAAUACGUUUUAGAGACAAUUUUAAAGAGAGAUUUGGAGUCUUUAGAAAACUGGGUUCUCAAAGGCUAUAAUUAUAUAUAUGCAGCUCUCGAGUCUAAUUCUACCCUUGCGAAUGAAGUAAAAAGUGAACUGGAAGGAAGAUUGUUCAAAGAAACUGCAAAAUUUAUUCGGCAAAUAAGAUAUAUAACGCGAUGUGGCGAACGGAUGUUUCGAGCGGUUGAUGAAGGAGAUUUAGCUACUGUCCUCAAAUACGCUCAAGGUCAAUUUCACAUGAAAAACGAAGCAGCAUUAGCUCGUGAUGUUUGUGGUAGACACAUACUUCAUAAGGCUUUACUAACUGACAACGAAUUAUUAAUUAUAUCCCUAAUUGAAAGAUUUCCUUACUUGGUUAAUUUCGGUGACAACCUUAAUCGGACAUCUAUGCACUAUGGCUAUUUACUACAUGGCAGAAACGAUAUUGUCUCAAAAAUGGUGGCUUUUGGUGGAUCAGAUGAAGUGAAAGAUGUUAGAGGAAGAGUUCCGAGUAACUAUUUCGAAGGAAACAUUACUACUUUAGAACAUCAGACACUGACAAGAGAAGUAGUGGAAUUUUCUACAUGGGUUCAUUUACAUAAUAUCGAUUUUGAAUCGAAAAUAAGAGAAUAUAUUGCGGAAGGAAAUUUAGACAAAGUUGAAGAAAUAGUACCUCUUGUCAUGGAAUACGCUGAUUUAUCAUUUUUUAGUCAUUUAUUAUUUGAUUGCAUAGAAUCAAAUCAAGAUGCUAUUGCUCAAAGCUUAAUAAAUGGCGGGUGCAAAACAAGAAUAUGGAAACAGUAUGGAGAUAGACUGAUAUCGUUGAGAGAAAAAGCUCACGAAAGCGGAAUGGAUAGUGUUGUACAGUUUAUAGAUGAAAACUGUAAUCUUAUUUCUGACGAUGAUGAAAAUCAGUUGUCAUCUUUCGACGAACUUUCAUCAGUUGGAUCUAUAUUUAUAAGAUGAAUAUGAUACCUUAAAAGUGCAUAAUUAUUGAUUGAAUUACCAAAUAUAGAAAUCCAAGAAAACCCCUUUUGGUCAUAUCUACUUGUUUAAAAAAGAAUAUUACUUUUCUCAAGCAAUUCUACUCUAAUCAGUUUAUUAUAGAAAUUCCUACGUGGUAUACAGUUUAAUAACUAAUAUAAAAUCAUCAAGUCUAUUGUGAAAUAAUUAGAUGUACAUCUUUUUUCUCAAUCUGUCUAUAUAUUGUUUCUAGAGAUGACUGCAUAUUAAAUAUUCGACUAUGCAUAAACUCAUUAAUGAAAUUAUAUUUUAACGAAACAAACUAAACAAGCAAACAUGUGGUAAUGAAUACAAAAACGAGUAAUUUUUACAUAAUUAAAAAUAUUGGUUUUGUCUAUUCUCUAUAUCUUAUUCUUUAUUAAUCAAUUUAAUAAAAUAAAUAAGCUCCUAGAAAUUCAGAUAUAACUUUUCGCUCUUACGUUACCUUAACCUUUUAAGUGCAUAAUGAAAUUUUUUACCUUUGAAUGAGAAAGAAGGACGACGUUGAGGGAAGAUAAAUCAUCUUACAGUUUAUAGCUAUUCGCUCGCUUUAAAUAAAUGAUUAUAGAGGAAGAUGGAGAUGAAAAAAGAUAAUAUCUCAUUUUCCAUUACUUUUGUUUUGUUUCCUAAUACUCCUUUUCUUAAUAUCUCAUUGAUGAUUACUCCAAAAAAAAUAUACAGCAUACAUAAGGAAGAUAAUCACUCUUUUUUAUUAAGUAUGCAAUUUUAGCGGAAAAUUUUUUGUAUUUCUCUGCUUAAAAAAAAAACAAUUAACACGAAAGAAUAGACAAACAAAAACAACAAUAGGAAAUAGAAUACUAUGACUGAAACUACACAUUUGUAUAAAAUACCUCGUGUACAUCUUGUUUUAUCAUACUUUUAUCUUUUCUUUCCUAUCGUUUUAUGAAUUAUUUUUAUCAAAUAGCCAGAUAUUUUUUGACAAACUACUCAAAUACAAGCACGAAUAAAAUAUGUAGAGUAUUCUUUUUUUUAACGGACAAUCGGUAAAAUUAAACUAAAAAGGGGUUUUAAUAGUAUGGCGUAUAUUGAUUAGAUAGACCUUAGGAGUCAGCCUGACGAUGAUUACAAGUGGGUUGUAUUCUCUCAGUGACCCACUAACCAAAUAGAAUAAUUUAAAACAAAAAGAGCCUUUACGGUUUUUAAGCGGAUUUUAAAUAUCUGUACUCUAUUUAGGGUAUCAAGAGAGGCAGUUCAAAAGCUCCAUAAUAUGAAUUUCACAAGGUAUUAGGCCUAAACUGAACUUAUCAUAUCAGAUCAAUGCAUCUUCAAAGCCAAAGAAGGUGGCAGCAAACAAAUUUGCGAACUCUGUUUUAUAUUCAUGGAAAUGAACUAAAGAACACUGUAAAAAUUGUUGGUUGUUGUCGCUUCUCAUAAAAAUACAAUAUACCAUGAGAGAUUAAAGAAUACCCAUAUGAAACACUACGUGCUAAGUAAGUACAUUGCUCUAACAAGACAAACAUUCAAAUUAAAAGUGGAGUGACAUUGGAUAUGAAAAAUCUAAAGACAAUUAUAAAUCUACAUGAACAUCUCAAAGUCCACUUCUCAAUGCUCCUAGUCCUCUUUGUGCAAUCACAGAUUAUAUAUUAGUUUAGAGUGUUAUUCUAAUUUAGAGAAAUUUGAUAGCAAUCCUAAGUAUCCUCCUCGAUAAAAUUAUUCUUUUUGGCAGUACCAAUAAGUGUUCAGACAUAGAGAAUGUCUGAUAGAAAGCUAGCGAAGGUUAAAGAUGAUGAGCUUUUGGAUGAUUGGAUAUUCCCCUAAAAGUCGGUAACAAUGACAGAGUCUCUGAAAAAAAUCCUAUUUAUCCAAGAACCUAAGUUUCAAUUAUAAGCUGUGUUCCAGAGUGAGAGCCUUAAAAUAAAGUUUAAGGAGGUUAACUAGGCCAAAAAAAGAGUAUUAAAUGACUAUUUACAGUAUAUCCAACAUAUGCCUAACUGCAUGGGAGGAUGUAAGAAUAUUAAGGAUAGUUAAAAUAUUCAUGUGAACAGUCUUUUAAGUUUUACAUGAGCAUAUAGAAAGAGUUCCUUAAUUUGUUUUAGUCAUUACUAUUUAUGUACUACAUAUUCCAACAAAUAAUCAAUUAACAAAUCAAUACUUGUUACUGUAUCACAAUGUUCUCAAUGAUUCAUUGGCUCUAUUUUGAGCGAAAGAAAUGCUUAUAUAGAAGUAUGUAGACUAUCUUUUUUUUAAAAAAAAACAAUAGUUAAACUCAUU